AUGUUCGGGCGCAAUGCACAUCGUACCCAGCGUCACGCUCAGGUUGUGUCGAGGUUCCUGAAAGGGAAGGAUAAGGAUCCAAAUGGUACGCCAGAAAGCAUCCUCGACCUGUGGAUGCGCCAUUCGGAUGGGCGAUCGUCAAGUCCCCGAUGGCCCCUCCCACCAAAAUCUGAGACUGCGGCGGACCCGGUGCGGGUUGCACUUAUGCGGUUCGCCGUACACCUCGUGGAGAAGACACUCGUUAGCGAGGCUGAACAGGCUAUUAAGCCUCAAAACGGCUUGCACGCUUCACGGAAGCUGCGGAAGAGUGACAAUCCUACGGACGCCUCCGAAGUUCAGUGGGCCGACAUAGGUGCAACAACCCUCGCAUCUGUAUCAGCUAUCACAAAGACCCAACAGCCGCUGCUCUGGGAGCUUCUGCUCUCCAUUGCGGAGCGUGCACCUGGUGCCAAGAGCGUGGUAUGCAACGUGAUCACGACCCUCGACUUCUCGCGCUCCAAUCGUGCCAACCUCGCUCCUCUCUCCUUCGGUUUCCUCGAGUUUGCCUUCUCAACACCGUCAGACAUCUACCCCUACCAGUCCCGUCUUGGCAUCACCCCGACAUACUCAACCAUCCGACGUACUCUUGAGAAGAUGUCACUGAAAGAAGCGACACGUGUACGGGAACUUGGAGCCGACCCAAACAACCCCAUCUGCAUUAUCACGGACAACGUUCAACAUUAUCUGAAGCAGCGGGACGCCUGCGUCGGCCGCGCGAACGGGAUCAACAUCGGCAUGGCGGCUACAUACGUGGAGCUCUCUCACGUUCCCCCAUCCGCUCUUGACUAUGACGACAAGCAAUCGCGCGUGGCUGCAAAUCUCCGCGCAUCAGUGACAGUCACUCAGCUUCUCAAAUUUGUUGAUCAGGAACAUUUUGCGAGAGUGGGUGUGCUCACUCUCCUGCGCAUUCUCAUCAACCGUAUCCCUGAGCUCAAAAAGUACAAGACCAACGUCUCAACAGGCUAUCACACUCAGGCAAAGAAGAUACCGCUCGAUCCGGUCGCGUCACCACUGCACCCGCUUGGAACGAGCGCGAAGAACGAGACUGUCACGCGUGAGCUGAAGGACGCGCUGGAAGAUUUCCUAGGUCAAGUUGGUCAAGAGAAGACGAGCCACCACCGCAAGCUGGUUCUAUGCGUCGGCGAUGGGCUCACCUACGACAAGAUCGUGCAGCUGAAGAACUAUCUUCGGUUCCACGACAACCCAUUCGAGAGCUUCCAGCUCAUCAAACCUGUUCUCGCUCCGUGGCACACUGCAUGGACCGACCUCAGCCGUAUCUUCAGCGCACACUGGGACAGCCUCGUAUCACGUGAUCCUUCCAAGCUCGGCUUCGGAGCUGCAAAGCUCCAUCGGCGCCCCCCAUCGAAUCUCAAGAAACCUGACUUCAAUCAGGCACUUGAGAUUGUGGAAACAGUGCAUGAUGCACACAUCCUCGACUGCUUCCGGGUCUUUUAUCGUACAGACGACAUAUAUUCCUACUUCUCGAGUAUGGGCACUGCACCGACUUUUGAGGCAUUGAUGCAGGAUGCCCAACAAGUCUACCAUAUGUUUGGCACUCACCUGGCUGCAGAUAGAGCCCUCGAGCCUCGAAGUGAUGACAUUACGGCCGUUUCCGAGAGGGUGGGAGACCUGAUGACGUCAUCGACAUCGACAGCAGAACCGCACUCCGCAUCAAGCUUGCACACCGUCUCUCCCUCUUCCCCUACACCCUCCUCCAGUAUCUUGGCUCCUGAAUUUGGGAUAACGUCUCCCAAUACCGUGGUUUCAGCAGAGGUCAGCAGCUCGUCCGGAGGGGUUCGUCCUGGAGUGCCGUCUCGGGCCGAUACAUCGGUGAAAACUCGCAAGAGCAAGAAGUCGCCCAGCAAACCCCCAGCCCCCCUCUCGGGAGACCGAGUCCUUGCAGACUCCAUCAAUUUCAUGCGUGAAUGCAUUGUGCUUCGCGAGUUUCUGUACGCCAUUGCGGAGGGUGAUGUAGGUCGUGUGUACGAGGGCAUGAAAAUCAUGUUGUUCACGUUUGCGGGCUCAAGUCACAGCAACUAUACAACAUACCUCCUCGAGUUCAUUGUCUCACUCGAGCUAGAGUCCAGCCCCGAGCUACGCUACACUAUCCUCGCCAGCUUGGUCGUCAAUGUGAAAGGCAAACCAGGUGGUUUCUCCGCGUCUGAUCUCAUACAGGAAGCGGAAAGGGCUGAGUAUGACGGCAGCUUCCUCCGCGAUGUGGUCUCUCGUAACCUCCACCACUUGUCUCGCCUACGCGACGACCUCAAUGAGGGUGUCGGUCUUGCAGCACGCUCUGGCCGUCACACCAGCCCUCAACGUGACGCGGACGUCCGGAUCCUUCUGGAGGAGUUCAAGCGACAUGAACUCCACCUCCGCUGCCCAGGCCGCACACUUACCCCUGACAAUACCGACAAGAACACCAAGCUGAGCGACUUCCAACGGGGUGUAAUCAAGCUACAGAAGAGCAAGGUGAAGAAGUGGGUUGAUGAUACGACACGACGUCGAGGAACCCUUCCCAUCCCACUGACACAUCCCACGGUCCCGGAAUCCGGCACCUCUCCAAUUUCCUACCCCGAACAUCUCGACGUCAACGACGUCUCGGAUGACUCUGACGAGGAAGACAAUCUGCCGGAGACAGCUGAGGAGAUGAUUCAGUACAUAUCAGUAGGUGGUCACAACCGUCACACCAGAGACGGCAGCACAGAUGGGGAGCUGGUCUACGGAGACGUUGACGUUGGGGUCGAUGCACGGGAGAUGCUGGGAUUGGCUGAUGAAGAUGAGGAUGAGAUUGAGACUGAAGCGGAAGCUGGUUUUGAGGUGGAUGGUGAUGGUUUGUCGGACAGCGAACUAGACAAUGACGAUGAUCAGUAG